AUGAACGCAAGCGAUUCAAGGCGGCGGGAGCUGGAGGAGACAGAAAUUGUCACUAGUUUGAGUUCUGGCUGGGAAACCAGACACGGCGAGAUUCGUGGACCAAGACCAACGCUGUUGCAACUCGUGCAAAUUUAUGAUGCCGCCUGUCGGACAGAUUCAGGAGUAAACCUGCCGGUUGCUCACAAAUUUCUCUAUAAUUUAGGGGACGAGCAGCAUCGCACGACUAUAGGGGGAUAUAAUAAUCCAGCGGACCUGCCGAUGUAA